AUGGAUAGUUCAAAGACGCAGCGAUUUAUAGAGCGAGGCUCUCACAAAGGGAAGGGUCUCGCAGUAUUUACGAGUGGCGGUGACUCUCAGGGUAUGAAUGCAGCUGUACGCUCCGUGGUUAGGAUGGGCAUCUAUUUGGGCUGUAAAGUUUACUUUAUCCGCGAGGGAUAUCAGGGUAUGGUAGACGGCGGUGAUAAUAUAGAGGAAGCUAACUGGUCGUCUGUUAGUUCUAUUAUUCACAAGGGUGGUACUAUUAUUGGUUCAGCUCGCUGCAUGGAUUUCGUGCAAAAAGAAGGUCGCCUUAAAGCUGCUUGCAACUUGGUUACUCGAGGUAUUACAAACUUAGUUGUUAUUGGUGGGGAUGGCUCUCUUACUGGAGCUAACCUCUUUCGUCAGGAGUGGUCUGACUUGUUAGAUGAGCUUUUGGCGAAUAACAGGAUUACUAAAGAUCAAAGAGAAAAAUAUAAAUACUUGCAUAUUGCUGGACUGGUGGGCUCCAUUGAUAAUGAUUUUUGUGGGACAGACAUGACAAUUGGUACAGAUUCUGCCUUACAUCGCAUUAUUGAAGCAAUUGAUGCAAUUGUUAGUACAGCCUACUCCCAUCAAAGGACUUUUAUUAUGGAAGUUAUGGGUCGCCACUGUGGUUAUCUGGCUCUAGUUGCCGCUCUGUCAAGCGAGGCUGACCAAGUGUUCAUACCUGAAGACCCUGUUCCCUAUAAUUGGGUUGAGAAACUUUGCAAAAGAUUGCAACAGGAACGUAAGUCUGGUCAGCGUUUGAACAUCAUAAUAGUAGCAGAAGGUGCUAUUGACAGAGAAGGCAAGCCGAUUACUGCAGAGCUGGUGAAGAAGGUUGUAGUGGACAAUCUUCAGCAAGACACCAGAAUAACUGUUCUAGGACAUGUCCAAAGAGGAGGUUCACCCUCAGCAUUCGACAGAAUAUUGGGAUGUCGUAUGGGUGCUGAGGCAGUUAUGGCUUUGAUGGAAGCGACCCCGGCAACAGAGCCAUGUGUUGUAUCUCUGGAUGGCAACCAAGCUGUCCGACUACCGCUCAUGGAAUGCGUGAGGCGUACUAAAGCCGUGUCCCAGGCAAUGACAGAUAAAAAUUGGGAGCUAGCGGUGCAACUACGCGGGCGUAGUUUCGCACGUAACUUGGAGACUUACAAAAUGUUGACUCGUUUGAAGCCACCUAAGGCAGCUUUUGACGAAUCUGGAAAGCCUUCGGAAGGUUUGACUUUUGCGGUGAUGCACGUAGGUGCGCCCGCUUGCGGUAUGAACGCGGCCGUGCGCUCCUUCGUACGUAAUUGCAUCUACCGUGGUGAUACUGUGCUAGGCAUACACGACGGUGUGGAAGGAUUCAUUAGCGGCAAUAUCGUCAAGAUGGAUUGGUCUGAUGUAACCGGUUGGGUCGGCCAGGGUGGUGCGUUUUUAGGAACAAAACGUACUCUUCCAGGAGACAAGAAAGGGGAAAUCGCAGCGCGCAUAGAACAAUUUAAUAUUCAAGGAUUACUCAUCAUUGGAGGUUUUGAGGCAUACCAAGCUGGUCUAGAAAUGUACGAGUCGCGUACUCAGUAUCCUGAGUUCCGUAUUCCACUAGUUGUGAUUCCAGCCACGAUCAGUAACAAUGUACCUGGAACUGAUUUUUCACUGGGAACUGACACCGCUCUUAAUGAAAUCACUGAGAUCUGUGAUAGGAUCCGCCAAUCGGCUCAGGGAACAAAACGUCGAGUGUUCAUCGUGGAAACGAUGGGAGGAUAUUGUGGCUACUUGGCGACGUUAGCUGGUCUCGCUGGCGGCGCGGACGCAGCUUACAUCUACGAAGAGAAAUUUUCUAUUAAAGAUUUGCAGCAAGACUUGUACCAUAUGGCGUCCAAAAUGACUGGUGGAAUUCAACGCGGUCUUAUACUUAGAAACGAGAAGGCCAAUGAGAACUAUAACACAGACUUCAUGUAUCGCCUUUACUCUGAAGAGGGCAAGGGACUUUUCACUGCUAGAAUGAAUGUAUUGGGCCAUAUGCAGCAAGGAGGUUCCCCGACGCCAUUCGACCGUAACAUGGGAACCAAAAUGGCCGCCAAGUGUCUCCACUGGCUCGUAGAGACAGUACAAAAGGGACCCAAUAAUACCGCAGAAACAGCCUGUCUUCUCGGAGUCGUCAAACGGCAAUACAAGUUCACACCCCUUGAAGAGCUUAAGUUACAGACUAACUUCGCUCAAAGGGUGCCAAAACAACAAUGGUGGAUGAAACUCCGUCCACUGCUUCGUAUUUUGGCCAAACACGAUUCGACCUACGAAGAGGAAGGAAUGUACAUGACAGUCGAACAGGGAGAACUCGAUUCUGAAAGUGUUAUUUAA